AUGACCGACGACGUUGAGGACUGGAAUGCCUCCUUCGUUUUCGGUGGGGAGGCUGAUGGGCUUGCCCUUGGUGGCGGCGCCGGCCGUGGGGGUCUCCGGCCGGUGGCCGCCGUCGCCGCCGAUGCUCCCAUCGCUGUCGGUCCGGCCUCCCUGACUCGGGCCCCGGCCACCGCCGCGGCGUCCUCCCUGCUGGACCGCUUCGCCGAGGAGGACAGUGACGGCUCCAAUUGGGACGAGGCCUUUGACUCCGGCAGCGGGACCGUGUCGCCGGCCCUCGGGCCGACGCCCGCCGGGGCCGCCCUCGCCAGUGCCCCGGCCACGCCCGGCCCGGCCGCGACCCCGAUCCCGGCUCCCUCCCCCACGCCGGUCACCAUCACGCCGCGGCUCCAACGGACCGGGACCAUUGUGCGCACGUCGCGCGGGGCCGGGGCCCGCGCGGCCAGCGCCCCGGCCACCAGCCCCUCCCCGGCCGAGGCGUCGCAGCCCUCCGGCGAUGGGCUGUCUUCCAGCUCCAGCAGCUGGUCCUUGACAUCGUCCUCGGCCUCGGACGGGGACUUCUCGGCGUCCGGGACCGAGACCGAGACCGAGGCCGAUCCCUGGGCCGGCACGGCGCCGGGUCCGGUGUCGGUGCCCGUCUCGGCUGCGGCCCCGGUGCGGCCCUUCGGCGGGGACCUCCUGCCGGCCAGCCCGCCGGCGGCGCAGGUCCUGCGUGCGGCCGUGACCGCGGCGGCCACCGCCACCGCCACCGGCGGCGGCGGCACAGCCACCCCCCGCCCGCGCACCCCCAUCCAAUCGCCGUCGAGCCUGCUGCCCGCGCUGGCCGGCGGCUCGGGGGCCGCCCCCCCGGUCCUGGUCGGCCGGGCGUCCAAUCCGAAUGACCUCCAGUCUUGGGAUGACGAUUUUGACUUCGACUCGCCUGCCUCCACCGGGGGGGGCUUCGCCCUGCCGGCCUUUUCCGGCAGCAGGUCCGGCGCCUCGACCGGCGGCGGGCUGACCCCCUCGCGCAGCACGACCAGCGUGCGCGCCGCACGCGGGCCCACCCGCCGGUCGGGCCCCGGCCAUGGCCGCACCCAGUCCACCUACCACGCCACCCCGGACCAGCACGCCCCGGCGGCCGGCCUGCCGGGGUUCCACCUGGCCGGGGCCACCAACUCCCCGGCUGCUGGCUCGCCAUCCCUCAGCCGACGGUCCACCACAUCUGCCGCCGGCGGGGCUCUUCCCCCUCCGUUGGCUUUCAUCCGGCACUCGGUGUUGGCCGGUGACGGGUUCAAUGUUCCCGGCCUGGGGGCCGAGUCGACGGCCCUCCCCCCGGCGGCCCUGGCCACCGACAUCAGCGACAGCGGCCAGUCAUCGCUCUGGGGCUCGACCUCGGCUUCCUCCCUGUCGGCCGGCAACAGCAGCGGCCUGAGUGCCGAGUCUUGCUCCUCGCUGGCAUCCCUGUCGCCGGCUUCCGGCGGGGAUUCCGAAAGCCACUCGGACUGGGCCUCCGGCGGGGGGCUGACCAUGCGCCUGGGCGAUGGAAAUGCCAGCCUGUCGGACGAUGCGUUCUUCGAUUCGGACGAUGCGGCGCCGGCUGGCGGCUUGCGCUUGGCCCUGCCGAUGGCCGGGCCCAAGGCACCCGCACCGCGGGCCUCUGUCCUGGAUGACUUUGCCGAGUCCGAGGAUGGCGAUGAUGAUUUCGCCGGGAGCUUUGCCACUGGCUCCGGCGGCGGUCCGUUUGGCGGGCUGUCGCUCGGCCUCGGCGCCGGCGCCGGCGCCGGCGAUGACAAUGCCCUCGAUGAUCUGGACGACUUCGAUGAGGAUUGGGAUGCGGAGAUCGCGGCCAAAGAGCGCGGUGCCGGGGGCCUCACACUGCCCGGGUCCGGCACCGCCGGAGCCGGGCGCGGCUCGCUGGCCGAUUUCCAGGAGGACGAUGACGACUUCGAGGACUGGGAUGCUGAGUUGGGCAUUUCCUCCGGCCCAGCAGCCUCCUCUGCCUCCGGUCCAUCGGCCGUCAAUGCCACCCUCUCGGCCUUGCGGAACGUCCUCUUUCAGUCGGACGUCUCGUCUUUCGCGCCGGUUCAGGAGCGCGAGGACUCGGUCCCCGCACGGCACACGGUUCCUCGCGGGCCGGACGGCCGGCCACAGGCAGCCGGCGUGGCGGCCGGCGCGGCUGGCACAUACGUGCGCAAUGACAUCACCGGGACCUCGAUGCUGGUGGCCAAGUUCCCCCGGCCCUCGCAGUUUGUCGACCGGGUCCUCAGGCCGCAGCGCGCCGGGGUCGUGGUCAAUGAGCAUGGCCUGACCGGGUUCCUGUCAUCCCUGUCGGCCGAGCCCGGGGCCGCGGCGGCAGCCUCCUCCUCGGGUUCCACCGGCGACGGCCCGGCCGCGGCGGCCCCCGGGCCGCUGACCCUUGACGCAUUGAUCCAAGCCCUGUGCGCGGUGACCAGCGACAAUUCGCAAGAUGCCUGGGGCGGGUUCGGCCUCGGGGUGGGCCAGUCUUCGGCCCCGGCGGCUGGCGGGGUCCUGGCGCGCGCGGUCCAUGCCCUGCCCCAGUCGCUGGAUCUCCUGUCGGAGGCGGUUCUGCAUGCAUCCUCCGGCCUGCACCCGUCGGUGCCGCGUCUUCUUCGCCGGCAUCUGUUUGGCUCGGCCGAGGCGGAGCGCAUUGCGGCGGCCACACAGCCACGCGCGGCUGCCCAAAGUGUCAGCCGGUCGCGCUCGGAGUCGCUGCUCUCUGCCGGGAGUGCUCCCGUGUCGGGAGCGGGUGCGGCCCCGGCCCCGGCCCCGGCCCCGGCCCCGGCCGCCGUGUCAACCGGGCGCUCGGCCUCCAUGUCCACCGGGGUCUCGGCCUCGGCCUCGGCCUCGCAGUCGUCCCUCUCCUCCGGGUCCUCCUCCUCCUCCUCUCCGGCGCCUUCCAGCUUGGCUGGGCUUUCCUCGAAGUUGUCGCUAUCGAAUCCGGCUCUGUCGGCACGGUCGCCGACGGGUCCUACCGGUCGGCGUCCCUCCGGCGGCGAUGCCUCCCCCUCGUCCUCGACAUUGUCCUUCUCCGAGGGCGGGGGCGGCGGGGCGGCCCCCCCGUCGGGCGGUCUGAUGGGCGCCCUGUCGACGCCGGCCUCGCAGCGUGUUCUCCUUGGCCACCCGGCCUUCGGAGUGUGGCUCGGCUGGCACCUGGCCUCGGCGGUGGCCCUGCAGGCCUUGUCCAUCGAAGCGGCCGGCGGCGAGACGCUCCAGCCGAUUCCCACCUCCUCCGGGCGCGGGGUGCGCCCGGUGUCCGUCAUUUCCACGGCCUCCGGGGGUCCGGGCGGGUCUGGGGCCCUGGCCGGUCUCCUGGCCCCGUCAACCAGCAGCGGCAAGCUUGUGGACACCGGCAUGCUGCCGCCGACCUUCAUCCUGCUGGAGCGGUUUUUGCACACGCUAUGCGCCUGUCUGGCCACAUGUGCCUCCGGCCGCGAUCCCGAGGACGAUCCGGUGGCCAUCGUGCUGCUGGAGCGCUCGGUCCGGGACAUCGUGGACGCCCUAGCAACGGUGGCUGCAUCGGCGGCAGCGACCUCGGCCGCCGCCGCCGCCGCCGCCGCCGCCGCCGCCGCCGCCCCGGCUGCCGGUGCCCCUGGAGCCCCGCCCACCGGUGGGCCCGAGUCUUCCGGAGCCGAAGCGUCUCCCUCACGCGGGGCAGACGCCGUCGCCGGCGCCGGCGCCGCCACCGCCGGUGGCAGCCUGACGCGCAAGCUGUCGGCCGGGUCCGUGCGCCUGGCGCCCUCCUCGCCCUCGUCGGGGUCCUUGCAUUUGCGGACCUCCUCCUCGUCGCAGUCGCUGGCAUCGCUGUCGUCCACCGGCUCGGCGGCGUCGGGCUUCUCGCCGCGCAAUUCCCCUCCCCCGCUGGUCCGGCGGUAUCGCUCCACGGUGUCCCUGAUGGAGGACUCGCCGCCGGGGCCGCGCGCCGGGGCCGGAGCCCCGGCCGCCGAGGCGGCCCCCCUGGCCCCGGAGCCGGCCACCGAGGCGCCGGUGGACAACGGCGACUCGGACUAUGCCCUGGUGCUGUUUUACGUGUGCACCCUGCUUGAGUGGCUGUCCCUCGGGUAUGAGCCGUCCUUCUGCAGCACGCACUACCACGCGACCACGGUCUAUGACCUGGUGUCGCGGUUCUUCUACUCCUACUACGAGGUCAUUGUGACGGCCAUCCACUCGGCGGCGGUGGCGGCCGCCGGUGGCCCGGAUGCCAUCCCCGACCCGGAGAACUUCCGCAUCUCCGACGACUUCCUGGCCUCGGUGACCGACCCGUCCAUCUUGGGGGCCAUUUCGGCGGCCGACGGGCUGGCCGUCCUGCUGGAUCCGGUCCGGCGGCUGGAGGUCCUGGCGGCCGGGCUCGGCACGCGCAUGCUCUGUCAGCGUGCGCCCACGCUGGCGGCCAAGGCGUCGCUGGCGUGUGCCACGCACCGGCUCCUGGCCGGCGACGUGCCGGGCACCGAGGACUCGGCCUUCCAGGCCCUGUGGCUCCUGUGCUAUGGGGUUGACGAUCCGAAGGUGGCCCCGGUGGCGCCGGGAAUUGCCCUGCUCACUGGCCGUGCGACGCCGGGCUCGCGGCCGUCCCUGCCGAAUGCCCGGCCCCGGCCGGACUCCGGUGGCAGCCGCCUGUCGCUGUCCUCCUCUUCCUCGUCCCCCGGGGCCGGGGCCGGGGCCGGGGCCGGGGCCGGUGGUGGUGGUGGUGGCGGCGGCUCCUGGACCAUCACUGGGGUGUUUGGCCACUCGCCCACCCCGGCCUUGGGUGGCUCCGGGGCCCCCACCUCCAGCUCUCUGAGCCUGGUUGCGUCGGACACCAUGCCGGGCAGUCUCUUUGGCGAUCCGGACACCGACUUCAAUGACCCCUUCGAUGUGAACAUGAUCGAAUGGCAGGAUGUGGCCCAUGCGUGGCGGCUGUUCGAAUCGCACGGUGCCCUGGCCUUCCAGCACCGGGUCAUGUCGUAUGCGGCCCUGCGCGCUGGGCUCGGCGCCGGGGGGUCGGUGUCGGCAUCGGCCCCGCCGGUCGGCGUCCAGGCCUUGCCGCUGGUGGCCGACCUGGCGGCCCUGUACCUGGACGAGGGGGAGGUGGACAAUGCGAUCGUCCUGCUGGAGCAUGUGCUUCUUCGCGAUGCCAUUGCCCCGGCCACGUCGUCGUCGCCGUCGUCGUCGGCGGCGGCGGCAGCGACCCCGGCCGCAGCUGCAUCGGGUUCCGCCCCCGGCUCGGCCGAUGGGGAAGGCAGUGGGUCCGGUGUUGGGGCGGUCGCCGGGGCCGGCCCGAGCCCCGGUCCCGGCGACCGCGCCAGUGCGGGCGGGGGGUCUGCUCCUGCCCCGGGGCCCGGGUCGGGCGGUGGGCCGGGCGCUUCGACCGGCGCGCCGGGCCCCGGGACCGGGCCCGGGGCCACCCGGUCGCCGGACUUGUCCACCGGUGCCGGGGCGGCGGCCGUGGCGGCUCUCAGCUCGGUCGGCCUGCCGGCCGGCCUGGCCGCCGGGUGGCCGCUGCACAAGCUGUCCCAGCCGCUGGCUCUCCUGGCGCGGGCUUACUCGCUGAAGGGCUGGCCGCGGGAUGCCCUGUCGGUGUUGCUGCUCUUCGACCGCCAUGAUACCGGUCUGUCGGCGUGUCACAUUUCCAGCCUGGUGUUCGGGGCGCUGCCGGCGUUCGGGGAAAACCGCGUGUGCCUGAUGGCACGCCGGCGCCUGGAAGAGGCGGCCGCGUCGGCCACCGGGCCGGGAGGGUCGACCUCGGCCGGUGGUGGGACCGGCGCCAGCGCCGGGACCGGCAGUGGCAGCUGCAUCCCGGUGGCGGUGCCUUCGCCGGCGGCCGGCGGCGGCUCCGGCACCCUGGUCAUCACCAUCGGCGGGGUGGCCGGGGCCGUGGGCGGGCCCGACACCCCGGUGGCCAUGGAUCCCGGGGCGUCGAUCGGCGCGUCGGCAUCCGUCGGGCCGUUGGGCGGCUCGCUGGCGGCCGGCGGGUCGACCUCCACCGGGGCCGGGCCCUUCGCCGGGCCGCCGACCAGCGGGGCCAUGUACUUCAGCCUGACGACCCCGGGGCUGCGGUACCCGGUUCCCGAGUCGCUGCCCUUCAACACGCCGAGCUUGGUAUCGCGCACGUUGAUCGCCUGCAGCAUGCCUUCGGAUGCCCUGCGGGUGGUGGACUGCUGGCAGGACCGGCUCUUUGCCUCGUCGGCGGCUUCGUCCUCUUCCUCGGCGGGGCCGGGCGCCGUUGGUGGCGGUGCCUCCUCCUCCGGAGCCGGCUCCGGAGCCGGAGCCUCGCCUGCCGGGUCGGCUCGGUCCACCUCGCCGGCUCCCGGCGGCAACGGCAGCGGCAGCGGCCUGUCCUCCUCCGGCCCGGCCACCGGCGGGUCCUUCCGCGGGUCGGCCGAAUCGCUGCCGGCCCAGCUGCCCGGUGGCAGCGGCGACGCGUCGGCCUGGUCGCUGAGUGCCUCGGGCGGCAGCGGGCGCACGCGCGCCGACAGCGUGUCCUCGCAUGUCAGCGCCCGGUCGGGCCAGACAACCGCCUCUUCCGGGUCCGGGUCCGGGUCCUCGUCCCUGGGCCCGGGCGCCAGCCACCCGGAAUCGCCGCAGUCCCUGUCAUCCGACUCGCGGGCCUCGUCCUCCUCGUCGCUGGUGGCCCCGACGGUCGGUGGGUCCUUCUCGCCCAAGGCCCCGUCGCUGGAUGUCCGCACGGCCGGGGGGGAUCCCCCGGGCGAGGGCCCCCCCGGGGUGGUGGGGACUUGGGCGGCUUCCUCGCCGACGAGCCUCGACUCGCCACACUCGCCGACCGACUCGCUGAAUGCCUCGCCCCGGGGGCGGGCCUCCUCCACCGGGGCCGAUGGCGGCAGUGGCGCCGGCGGGGGCACCGGCUCCGGCACAUCGGUCCGGCGCUUGAAUUCCGGCAGCGGCCGGGGUUCCGGGCCCGGCGGCCCGGGGUCCGCUCCCGGUGGGCCGACCUCCGGCUCGUCGCUGGCCGCCCGCGGCCGGCUCAUGAUGACCAAGGCCCGGGUGCUGCUGGCCCAAAUCAAUCACCAAUCCUCGACCGUGGUGGAUGCCUCCUCCUCGCUGUUGAACUCCACCUCGGCCAGCAGCCUGGCCGGGCAGGCCGCCGGGCCACCGCCAUCUGGCAAGCAGUCGUCCAUGUCCGGCGGGGGGCCCCUGUCACGGUCGUCCUCGGCCGGCCGGGGCGCGGGCGCGGGCGGUGCUCCGCUCCGGCCCUCGCAGUCCAUUGACUCGCUUCUGUCGGCCGGGGCCGGCCCGCCGGGGGCCCUGGCGAGCUCGGCCCCGGCCCCGGCCCCGGCCCCGGCCCCGGCCCCGGCCCCGGGCCCGGGGGCCGCGCCUCUGGCCGGGUCCUUCUCCAGCCUGCCGCUGCCCGGCGACAGCGCCGAGUCCUUCCCCCAGUUUGUGGACAUUUCGCUGGACGAUGUGCCGGAGCAUGUGGACGCGGUGGCGGCCGGGCCCGGGACCCCGGCGUCGGCCCCGGCGGCCGCGGUGGCCUCCGUCGGGUCGGCCAUUUCGCGGGCCUUCUCCCAUCGGCGAAGCCGGUCCGAAGGCCCGGCGGCCCUGGCCACGGCCGGCGACCUGUCGGGGCUGACCGGCGGGGGGGUGCCGCCGCCGCCGCCGCCCCUUCCGCCGCCGGCUGUGGCGGCGGCGGCGGCGGCCGCGCUGGCGGCCCGGCGCCGGCCGGACUCGAGCGCCGGUGCCCCGGGCGCCGGGCCGCUCCACUCGCUGGACGACCUGGACCUGUUGCCGCCGACGCCGGUGACCCUGCCGGCGCGCAUCCUCAGCGCGGAUGACGUGCACGCGCGCUGGGUCGGCCGGGCCAAGGCGGCCUUUGCCCAGGCGGCCCAGCUCCUGCAGGCGGCCGGCGACACGCUCGGCGUGCUGAAGGCCCGGGUCCGGUCGUGCGAGGCCCGCGUGGCCAAGCGCCUCCGGCGGAUCUACCCCCCCGGGCGGCUGGCCAUCACCUCGCUGUCGACGGCCUCGUUGUUGGUGAUGCGGUCGUCGGUGGGCGAUGCGCUGGAGUAUGCCAUCGCCAUCGGUGCCUACCCGAUGGCCAUUCGCUGCCUGGUGGCCAUGGCCGAGAUCGAGUGGUGCGUGGCGUCGGCCGACUCGCUGGCGGCCCUGUCCGAGGCGGAUCGACAUGCGGCCCGGUGCGCGGCGGCCCGGUCCCGCGGGUACUGGGUUGAGGCGUGGCGCCUGGCGCAGGAUGUCUACUUCCCGGAUGGGACGACCUUCCGGUUCGGGCGAACGGGCGCCACCUCGGCGCGGACCCUCAGCAGCCUGCAUGUCCUGCUGGCGCGGCUCUUCUGCCUGAUGCGCAUGUAUUGCGCCUCCUCGGCGGCCGAGCUGGCCGAGGGGGCCGACCUGCUGGGCGAUGGCCGGCCCCGGGCGGCCCGGUCCGGGUCCUUCUCCUCGGGGUCCUCCUCGGUGUCGGGGCCCGGGCCCGGCGACCCGGCCGGCGGGGGCCCCCCCUCGGAGGAGGACGACACGUCGUCCCUGGCCGAUGGCGAGGGCAGGGCAGCCAGCCGGCCGGAGGAUCCCGGCCAGGCCUUUGCCCGGCUGCAUUGGCGCCUGCCGGUGGCGCUGGCCGAUGUCGAGUGGCGCAUCAGCGUGUCGGUUCGGCGUUUCGGGGCCGGCGGUCGCGAGGCCGGCGGUGCGUGCGUCAGCGAGCCGCUGGCCCGCUUUGUCGGGCUGUAUCCGCAGGCGGGCGGGCCGGUGGGCCCGGCCCCCGGGGCCGGGGCGCCCUCCGGCGCGGACCGGCUCUUCAGCGGCGUGCGCGGCGUCUUCCGCAGCCUGCUGGGCCUGGGCGGCGCGGAGGCCGGCAGCAAGGCCGGCCUCUCGGGCGCCGCCAGUGACAAGGCCGGCCCCGGGGCCGGGGCCGAUACCGCGGCGGCGGCCCUGCGCCUGUCGGCCGAGGAGGCCGAGCGCGCCUGCCUCGCGGCCCUCGGGGAGGACACCUUCCGGGGGUUCCUUCGCACGGGGGGCGGCGCGCUGGCGGCCGAGUCGGCAGCCGCCGGGGGGUCCGGCGGUGCCGGCGGCAGCCCCCUGCGCUCUGGCGGCCGGGGCCCGGCCGGCGGGGCGGCUUCACCCGGCGGCCGUCCGCUCGGCGACCCGUCCACCUUCGACAGCUUCUACGACGAGGAGCCCCAUGCCCUGGCCCUGUCGGCCGAGGAGCGGGCAUGGGCCUGUACGCGGCUGGUCCGGCGCCAACUCCGGGCCUUCCGCCGGGGCCGGCUGACCUACGAAACGGCGCAGUCGCGCUCCGGGGCCGCCUGGGCCGGGUUCUUCGGCACCCUUUACCCCUCGGAGCCCGGGGUGGAUGUCAAUCACAUCCCGCUGACCGGGGCCGGCCCGGCCGGGGACAGUGCCUCGGCCGGGUGGUUCCCGGCGCCGGAGGGGGGCCUCCUGCGGCCUGGGGCCACGGUCUCCGAGCAGGGCUCCGGCGCGGCCUUCUCCGGCCUGCCGCCGGCCAAGCUGCUGGUGGUUUUGACGGCCGACGCGCCCAGCGCGGCGGCCACAUGCGGCGGCAGCGGCGGCGGGUGCCCCGGUGCCAGCCCCGGCGGGCUGGACGGCCGCGAGUGUGUGCUCUUCUCGCCGCUGCUCGGGCGCUUCUUCUCCAAGAGCCUGCCGCGGUUUUCGCUCUUCGGCCCGGGGGCGAUGCUCGGGGGCCCGAUGGCCGGGGGUCCGAUGGCCGGGUCUCUGGCGGCCCUCCUGCCGGCCGGUGCCGGGGGCCUCGGCGACGCCGGCCCCGGUGGCGGUGUCCCGGUGUCGGUCCUGUCCCCGGGGCCGGGGUCCUCCUCGGGCCCCGGCGGCGGGCCCGGCAGCGGCAUCGGCCCGGGUGCCUCGUCGACCCCCAGCGGCAUCGCCAUGCCCCCCUCCGGGGGUGGACUCUACAUCAAUGUGCAGAUUGGCAGCUCGCCGCGUGACUAUGUGGUCCUGCGGGCGCAGGUGUCCGGCAGCCCGGCCGGGCUGCUCGGGCCCGCGGCCGGCGCCGGCCUGCCGGACGACCGGGACCUCACCGUUGCCACGCUGGUCCGGCUGCUGGUUCACAGCGCGUCCAUGUCCUCGCCCAUGGGGUCGGCCGCGUCGUCGGCCUUCUCCUCGCGCCAGCCUUCGGUCGGCAUGGAGUCGGUCAUGCAGGCGGUCGAUCGCCGCCGGCAAAUGCAGCAGGCCGACCAGCAGCCACAGCAGCCCCCCGGCCAGGGGGACGUCGCCAGCCCCGGUGUCGGUGUCGGUGUCGGUGGCGGCGGCGGCGGCGGCGGCGGCGGUGGCGGCGGCCCGCCCGGGCUGCUGGUCCCCCACCGGCCGACCACCUCGCCGGAGAUGCUGAGCGCCGGGGUCACCGUGGCCGAGGGGUCACCCGGCUUCUCGGAUGCCAUCACCCGGCUGAAGUCCCUCCUGGCGGCGGAGACCGUGCUUGGCCUGUAUGUGAUCAUCGAUGGCCGGCCGCUUGCCCUGCGCCCGCACCAUGAUGAUACAUCGUUGCUGCUGGUGGCGCUGGAUGCCCGGCGCGGGGGCUCGGUCGAUGCGCCGUUGCUGCUGCAAUUGCGCGUGGUUCCGCGCGUGCCGCGCUUGAAGACCCGGCCCACACGCCGGCGGGGAGGCCGGUCAGCCGCUGCCGCCGCCAUGGCCGCCGCAUCCUCUUCGGAGGCUGGCCGACCGGCCGACACGGUGGAGGAUGCCCCCACCGAGGAGAUCUGGGAGAACCUGAGUGCCGUGCCCCGGGUCCUGCGGGCCAUUUACGAACGGUCGGCCCCGACCCCGGCCGAGAUUGCGGCCGGUGUCUCGGGCCCGAGCCACAGCGCCGCGCACGCCGAGACGUCGGCCCUGCUGCCGCGUUCCCUGGCCACCGACAUUCAGAAUGUCUUCAUGCCCUCCUGGCGCAUCUGCUGCGAGCGGAUCCUUGCACGGGUGCCGCGCGCCGUCCAGGUGGACUCCUUCCAGAGCGGAGCCAUCGUCCUGCCCCACUGGUCGCUGGUGUGUAGCCCUGCCCUGUCUGUGGUGCCCUGGGAGCGCAUGAUGCCGGGGACCGUGUCAUCCUCCAGCAGCGGUGGCCCAGUCAUUCGAGCCACGCCGGCAUUCAUCCUGGGCGGCAUCUCGGCCUUCACGCCGCCGCUUCCCCGGCGCCCCUGCUGCCUCGGCCGGCCGCUGGCUGCCUGCUCGUACUGCUUCAGUGCCAGCCUGGCACAGCCGGGCCCCCCGGCGCCAGGUGCCCCAGCGCUGGCCACCGGCGCCCAGUCCCCUGCUGGCAGUGCGGCCGCCGCCAAUGCCACCGGUGGGCUGGGCUCGGGCCCAGUGGGCCCUCCCGCGGGGGAGCCCCCCGCCGGGGUGCCCCUGUCGCCGAAGGCCGCCCUUCGCCGGCGGCUGCCCGGGUCGCUGGCCGUGACCAUCGUCGUGUGCGGGUAUGACCGGCCGGCCGGGCCCCCGGCCGACGACCUGAUCCCGGCCGGGGGUUCUGGCCCCGCGCCGGCCGGCGUGUCGCUCUAUGACCGGGCCGACCAGGUCCCCCCGUCCAAGUUGGCCGAGGAGGAGUACCUGCUGCUCCGGUCGAGUGCCCUGAUCCGGUCGCUGAUCGCCUCCUCCUCGGCGUCGGUCUCGCCGCCGGCGCCGUCGCUCUACUUCGAUCUGACCGGCCAGCAGGCAGCCCUGUCUCCCUUCGCCUCGGCUUCCGGGCAGGUGUCGCGCCUGCUGUCAUCCCGCUACUGGAUCGAGACCAGCCGCGCGGCCACCCGCUUCGAAGCCCGGCCGGUGCCGCUCUUCCGCCAUCCGCGCGUGACCAAAUUCCUGUCCUUGACUUCCCCCUCGGUCGGCCCGGCCUUCCCCUUCACACGCACGCUGGUCGGGGCGCCUGGGACUGGAGCCGGUCCCGGGGGCCUGGCGGCCGGCGGCCCGGGCGGCUCCGGCGGCCCGAUGCUGCCCCUCGGCGCCGGCGGCGGCACCCUCGGCCGGUCGGCCGGUGCCAGCAACAAUGCCCUCAUGGCGGCCAGCUUCAUGUCGCUCGGGCCGAGCGGGCCCCCGGGCGCCGGGGCCUAUGGCGGGAGUGGCUCCCGCGGGUCCGGCGGCUCCGCGGUGAUGGCCUCCGCCGCCGAUGCGCCCACCUUCGGCCGCAAGUCCAGCCAGCGGUCGGCCUCGGAGGCCCUGCUUCCCUCGGGCCCGGAUGCCGAUGUCAUCCUGGCGCUGGUGCCCCUGAGUGGGGGCCCGCUGGCGCGCUCGCCGCGCGCCGUGCUGGCCCGGCUCUUUUCCGUGCCGCCGGUGGCGGCCUCGGCCUCGACCACGGCCGCCGGGGCUCUGCACGCCGGGGCCGUUCUCACUCCGCUGAUGGUGUCCCGCCAGACGGCGGUCCUGCUCAAUCCCCCGGUGGCGGAGUCCUCCAUCAAGAAGUCCCGCCGACGCCUGUUCAGUUCCUCCUCGACGUCGGCCCAUGUCGAAGCGGAUUCGGUGCCCCUGGCCCAUGCCUCGGCUCCGAGCCUGUGCCUGGGCGCCGCGAGCGCGGCCGGCGGGGGGGCGGCCCCCCCGGCCGGGGCCGGCACCUCGAGUCGGUCCUCCGGGCGGUCGGCCAAGUCGGUCUUCCGGCCGCUACGGUCUUCCUCCUCUCGGGCGGCGGCGGCGGCGGCGGCGGCGGCGGCAGCCGCAUCAGCGCCCGCGGCGUCGGGCCCCGCCAACCCCGCCCCCGCGCCGGCUACCACCGGGGCUGGGGCCGGGCCUGGCUCCGCCCAGGGGGCCGGCGCCGACGCGGGUCCCCUGGCCGGCCCCACCCUCGGCCCGCGCUUCCGCCGGCACAUUGUGGUCAUCCAGUGCCUCAGCGACUUGGUCUUCUGCCAUCCGUGGUCCGUGAGCCUGGUCGAUGUGGCCGGCUCCAUCCUGCCGCUCGAGGUGGCCCGGGCCCUGGCCGACGGGGCGGCCCUCUCGACCGUCGCCCCGGCCGACAUGGCCAUCUGCCCGCUGGUCACGGUGAUCUUCAUCCCGCGCAUCCAGGCCGCCCGGCUGGUGCGUGUCAUCGAGGCGGCGGCCGUCCACCUGUCCGGCUCGCCGGCCUUCACCGCCCCCGGAGCCGAGGCCAUGUCCCCAUCGGAGGAGCGCGCGCGCCUGAUCGCUGCCAUCCUCAGCCGCGCCAAUGCCAUUGACCUGGCGCCGGCCAUCUUCUAGACGCCCGCCGGCGUCCGGCGUUCCUCCCCGCCCCCUCCCCCCCCCCCACCUUUGAAUAUACAUAUACAUCCUUGUGCCAA